GAUAAGAGAGAGACACACAUUCAGUACCAACAAACAAUCCCAGCAACUGACUACACCAUCUCCAAACUUUCAGCUCCUCUUUGUCAUGGCAGCAUCAAGUAGAACAAAGCUAGUCCUGCUGGGAAAAUCUGGCAUUGGGAAGAGCAGCCUUGGAAACGCCAUACUGGGAGCAAAUCUGUUUGAAGAAAACAUGUCCCCAAACUCUGUGACACAUGAAUGCAAAGUUGCAUCUAGAGAUGUCAACGGAGCGUCUGUCCAAGUCAUCGACACUCCAGGCUUCUUUGGAAACACCACGAAUGAAGAGCAGCUGAAGAGGGAAAUGCUGAAGUGCAUUGAAAUGUCCGCACCUGAGAUUCACGCGUUUCUCAUUGUGCUGAAUGUGGGACGAUACGGAGACCAGGAGAAGCAGGUCAUCGAUAAAAUAAAGGAAUAUUUCACAGACGAGGCUCUGAAACACGCCGUGGUUGUGUUCACUUACGGCGACCAGCUGAGAACAGGCCAGAAGAUUGAAGACUUUAUAGAAGAGAAUCCUCUGAAAGAGCUGGUGAGGAAGUGUGGAGGCCGGUGUCACGUUGUGGAUAAUAAAUACUGGAAAGAUCAGCAGGACGACUACAGGAGCAACAGGAUUCAGGUCGGUCAGCUUCUCAACACGAUAGAGAGAAUGAAAAACGAGCAGAGUGGCUACACCAACUUCUUACUUCAAGCGGUGGGGAAUGAGAUAGCGAGGAUGGGGGAAGGCAGAGAAGGAUGGCCCUGGGGCCAGAUUUUGAAGGUAUCAGCUGGAGCUACUGUAGGAAUGUUGCUGGGAGCAUUUCUUGGUUUUUUUAAAUGCACACCAAUUCCAUGUCUUGGUGCAUUUGGUGGAGCAUUGGUUGGUGGCAUAGCUGGGGCAGGUAUAGCUUACAGCAGUGAAACAACAAUGGAUGGUGUUGUAAAAACAGCUAAAAUCAUUUUCAAGAUCGGAGAGAAACGGCUGAGAGUGUCAUGCCUGCUAAACAGUCCAAACAGUUCUGGAGAGGAGUCAAAGUUGAAGCCUGAAUAAAGUAAAGAAAUAAAAUUGCAAGGGCGAGAAGCUCAGACCACAUGGAGACUGAUGAUCUACAUUUUUGUCCUUCCUGGUUCUGCAACAGAACGUGGAACCAGGAAGGUCACUGUUUUGAAACUCAUCAGUUUUCAGAAGUAAUUGCUCCUGGUUCCUUAAAAUGUCAGAUCCUUAUUUUUGCGUAGCCUAAAUAACUGAAAACCUUUUAUACAAACCUAAAAUCGUCUCCAUGUGGAAGGGGCCUCAGUUUGUCGAAUGUUUUAGACGUUUGUCUUCAUGGAGGGUUAAAAUUGAGGAGGGAAUAAUAACAUAAACGCAAACAAACGAUAAAGCCACUGAUAAAUCUGUCAUCAGCAACAGUGG